UUAAAAUCGUCAGUGAUUUUUUACAUACUCAAAGUACAAAGUCCACAUUUUUUUUAUUUUCUUGUUUGUGUUUGUAGUAGAAUUAUUUUAAUCUUUCUAUCUUGAACUUUGUUACACCGGUUAUCAGACUCAUAUUAAUUACAUUCUCAUUUAUUUUUAGUCAAAAUAUAUUAUUUGCUUAGUUGGUUUCUUGAAGUGGGUGAGUGUACACUGUAAAGUAAACGAUUCAAGUGAAAAAAUAAUGACUUCUCUAACUAAAGGAAUUUUUAUUGUUGGUGCGAAACGUACACCUUUUGGUACAUUUGGGGGCAAAUUGGCCAAAUCUCACAUCACCGAUCUCCAAGUAAUUGCUUCCAAAGGUGCCUUAGCCGCUGCUAAUGUUAAACCCGAACUAGUCGACACUGUAGUCAUUGGUAACGUCAUUCCGUCUGUAGCAGCUGAUGGUGGUUUCCUUGCAAGACACGUAUUGCUCAAAUCAGGUAUUCCUUUAGAAAAACCCGCCUUUUCAGUGAAUAGGCUAUGUGGUUCUGGAUUCCAGUCUCUUAUUAAUGGAUUACAAGACAUAACAUUGGGUCUAGCCCAGAUUGCCCUAACCGGAGGUGUAGAGCAGAUGUCGGGAUAUCCCUAUAUCGUUAGAAAUAUCAGAUUCGGGAGCAUUCCUUUAGGAACCAGCCCAAUCAUGGAAGAUUCCUUCUGGUACAGUCGGACAGAUACCUCUUGUGGUCUAUCGAUGGCUCUUACGGCUGAAAAACUGGGAGAACAGUUCAGUUUGAACAGAGAAGAAGUAGAUCAGUUCAGUUACACGUCCCAGAUGAGGUGGAAAGCAGCUCAAGAUGCUGGAAAGUUCAAAGAUGAAAUCGUACCCGUUCCAAUUAAGGAGAAAAAGGAGAUGGUCAACUUUGAAGUUGAUGAGCAUCCAAGACCGUGGACUACCCUGGAUAUGUUAAAGAAACUGCCCACAAUAUUUAAAAAGGACGGAUUGGUCACAGCUGGAACAGCUUCAGGUAUCAGUGAUGGUGCAGGCGCUGUUGUCGUAGCAAGUGAAGCUGCCUCAUCCAAACAUAACCUCAAACCACUAGCCAGGAUCGUUGCUCACUCAGUGGUCGGUGUAGAUCCUUCCAUCAUGGGAUUCGGACCAGCUCCAGCAAUCAGAAACAUUCUCAAGGCCACCGGAAAAACUUUGGACGACAUUGAUUUGAUAGAAAUCAAUGAAGCUUUUGGUGCCCAAACUUUGGCUUGUGCCAAAGAUUUAAAACUGGAUAUGAAUAAAUUGAACGUUAAUGGUGGGGCUAUUGCCCUAGGUCAUCCUUUGGCUGCUUCUGGAUCUAGAAUAAUCGGGCAUUUAGUAUACGAAUUAAAAAGAAGAAAUGCAAAAUAUGGUAUUGGUUCCGCCUGUAUUGGAGGAGGUCAAGGAAUUGCAGUCAUGAUUGAAAAUUUGUAGAAGGAGCAAAAGGCAUUUCCAGAAUAAAAUAGGGGUUAAGGGUUUUCACCAAUAUUAAGACUGGACAUUAAUUGUUUAUAGAGAUAUUUAUGUAUACAGUAUUGUUAUUUUUUUGAAUAAGAUUGAGAAAUAAUUUUGAAUGAUAUAUUUUUAAUAAGGUACAUUUUGCUGCAUAUUUAUAUACUGUAGACUCAUCUGAUAUUUUAUCUUCUCUAAUAAAAUACGCAUUUUUAA